AUGGCAGGUCAACCUCCUCCCGGUGGUUUCAACCCUGGAGCUUUCGAAUUCCGACCUGGACAAGGAUCUCCCUUUGUUCCUCGAGGUCAACCUGGCCAACAACAAGGUCAAGGUCAAGGUUAUCCUGGACAACAACAAUCAUAUGGACAAUACGGUCAACAACAGCAACAACAAGGUGGUUACUAUCCUCAGCAAGGUGGUUAUGGAAAUGGAAAUGGUGGAUAUCCUCAACAACAAGCUUACGUACCACCUGGAGCUAGAAACAACAAUACCGCUUAUCAACCACCUGUUAGAAACGUGCAAGGAUUCCAACCUCCAAAUCUUCCAUCGACAACUUCAUCACCACAACCAGAUGCCGCAAGACCCGCUACAUCGACUGCUCCUGCUGGGAAACCAGUUUCGUUAUCUAUCGGCGGUGGUGGUGCACCCAAAGCUGCUCCUUCAUUGAGCAUCGGUGGCGGUGCACCUAAAGCAGCCCCAUCCUUGAGUAUCGGCGGAGCAGCACCUCCUAAAGCAGCUCCAUCGCUUUCUAUUGGUGGAGGAGCGGCUCCCAAAGCAGCUCCAUCCUUGAGUAUCGGUGGUGCACCUAAAGCUGCUCCUUCGUUGAGCAUUGGUGGAUCAAAGAAACCUGCUGAAGAGAAGAAAGUAGAAGAGACCAUUGCUCCCGCCACCGAUUCUACAUCUACCCCUUCUGAUGCUUCCGCUUCUGCUCCAGCGACUACCGAUGUUCAAACUAAAGUAGUGGCCUCAUCCACAAAUGCUCCAGCUUCAUCAUCUACUCCUGCCCCUGCACAAUCCGGAACUUCAACUCCAUCCGGUACCAAUUUUUCAAAGGUUUCCGCAAAGAAUGAUGCAGAGGCAAUCUUGAAAGAACAAGCAGCUGCAGGUCAAGAAGCGCUCAAAGAUCUUUAUGGUGAUGAUGCUAAAGAUACCAACGUCAAAUCACACUUGAACAUCAUUUUCACAGGUCAUGUUGAUGCAGGUAAAUCAACUAUGGGUGGUCAAUUAUUGUUCUUAACAGGAGCAGUGGACAAAAGAACGAUGGAAAAAUAUGAACAAGAAGCUAAAGCAGCAGGAAGAGAGACUUGGUAUUUAUCUUGGGCAUUAGAUAGUAAUAAAGAAGAAAGAGCAAAAGGUAAAACUAUCGAAGUCGGUAGAUCUUAUUUCGAAUCCGAAAAAAGAAGAUACACAAUUUUGGAUGCUCCUGGACACAAAACUUAUGUACCCAGUAUGAUUUCAGGUGCGGCUCAAGCCGAUGUAGCUUUAUUGGUCCUCUCGGCACGAAAAGGUGAAUUCGAAACUGGGUUCGAGAGAGAAGGACAAACUAGAGAGCACGCAAUGUUGAUCAAGAACAACGGUGUCAACAAGCUUGUGGUUGUCGUCAACAAGAUGGAUGAUCCCACAGUGCAGUGGGAUAAGGGAAGGUACGACGAAAUCUGCACCAAAAUCACUCCUUUCCUCAAAGCUGUCGGAUUCAAUCCCAAGACAGAUCUCACUUUCAUUCCAGUCUCCGCUCAGCAAGGUGAGAACAUGAAAGACAGAGUUGAUAAGAAAAUAUCACCGUGGUGGAACGGUCCAUCCCUUCUUGAACAUCUUGAUAACAUGGAGAUCAUGGAUAGAGAUAUUGAUGCUCCAUUCUGUUUACCCUGCUCAGAGAAAUAUGGAGAAAUGGGUACUAUGAUAAUGGGAAAAAUCGAGUCUGGAAGAGUGAAGAAGGAUGAUAAAUUACUCAUGAUGCCUAACAGAACUCCCAUCGAAGUAUCUGCUAUCUAUACUGAACAAGGAGACGAGAUGGACCAAGCUUUCUGUGGUGAAAAUAUCCGAAUGAGAAUUUCAGGUAUCUCAGAUAAAGAUGUUCAACCUGGAUUUGUCUUAUCUUCAGUUCAAAGACCUGUCAAAGCGGUUACUGCUUUCAAAGCAGAUUUGAGUAUCAUUGAAGCUAGAAAUAUCAUUGCAUCUGGUUAUAACUGUGUACUUCACGUACAUACCCUAGCUGAAGAGGUUACUUUGACUGCUCUUCUCAAUUAUUAUGACAAGCGUACUAAGAGGAAGAGUAAGAAACCACCACCUUUCGCCAAACAAGGUAUGCUUGUAUCGGUGUUACUCGAGUGUUCGGCUCCAAUCUGCAUAGAAACGUAUAAAGAAUUCAAGCAGCUCGGUAGAUUCUCUUUGCGUGAUGAAGGUAAAACCGUUGCUAUCGGCAAAGUCACCAAACUCAUCGAGAAACCCGAAGAUCUCCCCAAUUUAGGUGCUCUUGCACUCAACAACCCUACCAAUGGUUAA